AUGCCACCAAAUGCAGAAUUUCCUGCAGUUUGUGAAUCAUGCCUUGGACCUAAUCCAUAUAUUCGGAUGACAAAGAGAGAAUAUGGAAAAGAAUGCAAAAUAUGUACUCGACCUUUUACAGUAUUCUCUUGGCUUCCCGGCAAAGAGUCAAGAUACAAAAAAACAGAGAUAUGCUUGACAUGUUCACGUAUAAAGAACUGUUGCCAGGUAUUACUGUGUAUUUUUUGUUAUAAUAAUGACCCUUUAUUAGAAUUGCUUGUUGGACCUUCAAUUUGGCCUGUAAGUAAAUAUAUUUUUAUAUAUGGACUGUUAGUUGAUUACAUAAUCCAUAGACCUAUUCAGGUGCGUGAUGUUGCUCUUAAGCUUGUUAAUCAGGGGCCUCAAAGUGACAUUAAUCGUGAAUACUAUGCUCAAAAUAAUGAAGGAAAAUGGAAAGGAGGAAACACUCCAUGUGAAUUUGGAAAGGUAGAUUCAGCAGCUCGUGAACUUCUUAAAAAACUAGCACGAAGCGAACCAUAUUAUAAAAAACAGGAUGUUCCGGUAAUUGAAAAUGCAGAACUUGCUGCUUCUUCUGGCCACAUAUCGGCCAAAUACGCUGCAGCAAGUUCGACUGAGCAUCCUUCUAUUACAGCAAAUAACAACAUGGCACCUCCUCAGGAUAAAAAAAUUACAUCUCUUUUUAUUAUGGGGAUAGAAGAUGAUCUUCCGGAACAUGCAAUUCGUGUCCACUUUGAGCCAUAUGGGACAAUCAAAUCACUUGUUUGCAGUCAUCGUUCAAGAUGCGCGUUUGUUAACUUUGCAACACGUACAGCAGCAGAAGCAGCAGCAAAAGCAUGUGGUAAUGGGGAUAUUGUUAUUCGUCAGUGCCCUUUAAAGGUACAGUGGGGUCGACCCCGCCCACUUGGAGGCUAUAAUCAAGAACAGCAAAAUGCAAAAAUGGCACGUUUUGUUAUGAGUCAGCCUCGAUUUGUUACUCCAGGCUCUGUAAAAGAAAAGAAUGCAGCAUCUACAGUACAAGACCCAGAAAACACAGUUUUAGAGCUUCCUCCUGGACAAAAAGAUAACACAGUUUAUCAAUCAAUGUAUCCUCAAUAUGAAGAGUCGUGA